AUGGCCAGCAAAGACCGCAUCACCUGCCACGUCCUCGACACCACCGCCGGCCGCCCCGCAAAGGGUCUCCGCGUCCGCCUCGAAGGCCCCGGCUCCAACUCCAGCAACUCCCACCACUCCGCCGUCAAGACCUUCGAGUCUCUCACCAACGACGACGGCCGCAUCACCGUGUGGCUGCCCUACAGCUCCGAGACCUCGUCCGGCGAGGUGCCCGUCUACACCCUCGAGGACGUCUUGGGCUCUGUCCAGGGCGCCUCGCGGUGGACGCUGCGUUUCGACACCGCCGGCUACUUUGGCGAGGAGAAUACCUUCUUCCCGGAGGCUACGAUUGUGUUUCGUGUUGAGCAGGGUCAGCACUAUCAUGUGCCGCUGUUGCUGAGUCCCUACAGCUACACCACUUACCGAGGAAGCUAAAGGCGGGAAAGGAGGACAACGGGGCUUCACAGCCACAGUCGUUUCACAGUCUUCCUACAGGUAUACCUGCUCUUCUAUCCCUGUUUCUGAUAGAUGAAACCUCAAUAAACAUAGAGAGAUAU